AUGGUGUAUAUUACAUCCGUAUUUAGUUGUACGAAUAAAUCCAAUAAAUUUCAAUUAAUUGAAUCAUUACGCCACGGAAUUGAAAAAUCAUCAUCAUUUUGGUAUGGAAUGAAUAUAUGGAAACUAGAAUUUGAUCGUACAAUUAAUUAUUUACAAAUUUAUGAUCCAUAUACAGAAAUUCUUGAUUUAGAAAAAAUUCAUUUUAUUCAUACUAUAUAUAAAUGUGAAAUAAAACCAUAUUCUCUAUUUAUGGCUUAUUUUACUUAUAGUGCAACAUCAAAUGUUGAACCACUUAUAUCAAAUGGUUUAAUAGAUCUUCGUUUUGCGAGUGGGUGUAGUUGUAGAUAG